AUGGAGAAAUCAGGAGUAAAAGCGAUCAUCUUCGACCUGGACAACACUCUGAUCGACACGAGUGGAGCGGGGGUCACAGCGCUGCAGAAGGUCAGUGAACUUCUCAAAUCCAGCCUGAACGUGGACGACCCGGCCACCAAGACCAUCUGCAACCGCUUCAAGCAAAAACUCUACAAGGAAGACUUCAAGGCCGCGGUGGGGAAGACCAUCGACGAGACGCGCACCUCGCACUGGGACGCCAGCAUCCAAGAGACCGUCGGCAACUGUCCCCUGGAGUCUCUGGGCUCCGACUGCUACAAACUGUGGAAGUCCAGCCGCCUGCAGCUCCUGACCAUGUCUCCUGAAGUCCAGAACCUCCUCAAGGAUCUGCGAAAGAGCUACAAGCUGCUGCUGCUGACCAACGGAGAGACGCAGACCCAGCGCGAGAAGGUGGAGGCGGCCAACUGCGAGGAGUUCUUUGACGCGGUGGUGGUGGGCGGGGAGCAGGAGGAGCAGAAGCCCUCUCCCUCCAUCUUCAGGCUGUGUUUUGAGAUGCUGGGGGUGGAGAACCGGGACUGCAUCAUGGUCGGGGACUCCCUGGACACGGACAUACAGGGCGGGCUGAAGGCACAGGUCCGAGCCACGGUUUGGGUCAAAAACGACAACGAAUGGGCGAGCAAGACGCAGAUCAAGCCGCACUACACCGUGGCGGACGUGCUGGAGCUGCCGCGAGUGCUGGCUGAGCUCAACUAG